UAACGCUUGGUUUCUAUAGCGACAUCAAACUGUAAACCUGACUGCUGUAGAACGAGGUGCGAUGUUCUCCAUUUACGUAGCUACAUAACUCUAAUACAUUCUGGACAUUUUAUUCCAGCAAUCCGUGGUCCUUUCUGUUUCUGUUUGAGGAGCGUUUGUACUUUUACUUCUGUGCCGAUGGACCGUCUGUGUAAAAACAGGCAAAUCCUCUGUGAAACCAGUACGGAUGUUAGACAUGCAUACACGCCGGCUCUUCGUUUUCAUACCAACAGCAGUAAGAAUACCCUUCUUCCUCCUCUUCCCAAGCAGAAGGUCCGGGGCCCUGGGACUCGGCGCUACACUUCCACCUCCAGCAGUGAACAUGAUUGUAAACGCACCAAUGGACAGCUGAGCGGUGUUGUGUAUUCUAAAGCCUCUCCCCACUGGCAAACAAACUUCCUAAAAGAAUUGGUUCAGAAGCUUCAAGACCAUAAAUCAGUCAGGGUUGUCUCUGCGCCAAUCAGUGAAAUGCAGGAUCACUACAAGGUCCAGUCACAACCCCACGAGCCCCUCGUGGGCCACUAUAAAACUCUGCUGGCACUAUAUGGACAGCUAGCUGUCCCUCCUGCCCUGGCCCUUCUGCCCAAAGAGCCAAUGCUCAGCACAGCUCAGUCAGACUACAGGAAUUUCUGCAGGUCUGAAUUGUCUCCUCCUUCUGCAUUGGAUGUCCCUCCCAUUCAGGGAACCCUGACCAUGAGCGGUGCUCUCAGUCGCCUUCCCACUCACAAGGCCCCACCUAUUGUGGCCACACAGCUGCAGUUACCCCGCCCAUCAGUGCCCUUAACCCAUGGGGGUAGAACUAGUCAAUAUAUGGAUAGUUUUACUGUACCCAACCCUCCACCAACAUUCUCCACAGCUGCCCCUGCCCCUGCCCCCGACUGGGAAAAAGGCAGAGAGGCAGGUGGAAAAGGCUUACAGCAGCAUAUUCUGGAGGUACCAAAAAUGUAUGUCACGGAGAACCAGAGCUAUGGAAACAAGAGGAUGGUGCUGGUGUGAGGAGAAAAAAAAAAUCAAAGAGGCCAUAGAGUAGCAGAACUGGUUAAUAUUGAUUUUUUUAGUGGAUUAGAUUUAAAUGUGAUAUCACAUUCUCAAUAUUGCUUUUUUCUGUAGA